AUGAGGUUUGGUCAGCAGCUCAAGCAGUCGCUCAACAAGGAGUGGAUCUUCUACUACAUCGACUAUGAGAACCUAAAGAACUCGCUGCGCGUCCACCACAUCUGGGACGAGAAGUCGGAGCAGAGCUUCGUCGAGCAGCUCGAGAAGGAGCUCGACAAGGUCUACACGUUCCAGCGCGUCAAGGCCGAGGAAAUUAUCCGUCGCAUAGCAGCCUCUGAGAAGGAAGUCAACGAUGCCGUCGCGCGCGCCCAGCAGGAGCCCCAAAACAGCGACAACUUCGAGGAAGAUUUCGACUUGUUAGAGGAGGACCUGAGCGAUAUCAUCGCCGAUGUCCACGACCUCGCCAAGUUCACGCAGCUCAACUACACGGGCUUCCAGAAGAUUAUCAAGAAGCACGACAAAAAUACCAGCUGGUUCCUCAAGCCCGUCUUCGCCGCCCGUCUGAAGCGCAAGCCCUUCUUCCAGGACAACUACGACUCCUACGUGGUCAAGCUAUCACGACUCUAUGACAUCGUCCGCACCCGAGGAAAUCCCGUCAAGGGCGACGCUUCCGCCGGAGGAAAACAACAAAACUUCGUGCGCCAGACAACCAAAUACUGGGUGCACCCCGAUAACAUCCUGGAGCUGAAGCUUAUCGUCCUCAAGCACCUGCCUGUGCUCGUCUUCAACCCCAACAAAGAGUUCAACGAGGAGGACUCCGCCAUCACAUCCAUCUACUUCGACAACACCGACACAUGGGAGCUAUACCAGGGCCGUCUGAAGAAGACGGAGGGUGCAGAGGCUAUUCGUCUGCGAUGGUAUGGAGGCAUGUCUAGCGACACCAUCUUCAUUGAGCGCAAGACGCAUCGUGAGGACUGGACAGGCGAGGAGUCUGUCAAGGCGCGUUUCAAGCUCAAGGAGAAGAACGUCAACGCAUACCUCCGUGGUGAACUCAGGCCUGAGCAGAUCUUCGAGAAGGAGCGUAGGGAGCAGAAGAGGCCUGAAAAGGACAUCGCUUCUGACGAGCAACUGGCCCGAGAGAUCCAGUACCGCGUACUGACCCGCAAGCUCGAACCCGUUACGCGAUCUUUCUACCACCGUACCGCUUUCCAACUUCCCGGCGAUGCUCGCGUCCGUAUCUCCCUAGACACCGAGCUUACCAUGACCCGCGAGGACAAUCUGGAUGGCAAGAGGCGCGCUGGUGACAACUGGCGCCGCACGGAUAUCGGUGUGGACUGGCCUUUCAAGCAGUUGCCUAAGGAGGACAAGGAGCUCUUCCCUUACGCCGUUCUAGAGGUCAAACUUCAGACACAAGCUGGAGGAGAGCCGCCUCAGUGGAUCCGUGACCUCACGUCUUCCCAUCUCGUCGAAGCCGUACCCAAGUUCUCCAAGUACAUUCACGGCACUGCCACGCUCAACCCCAAGCGCAUCAACUUGAUCCCAUACUGGUACCCACAGAUGGAUGUUGACAUCCGCAAGCCUGUUACCCACAAGUUCGGUAUUGAGCGCCCUGGAGCAAGCAACGAUAUUAGCACCAGCGGUAACCUGGACGACGACGAUAGCGAAGACGAGGAUGCCGUCAUGGGUCUGCCCGCAGCUAACGGCAACGAGGAUGACGACAGAAUGAGGAGGCUUCGCGACGCAAGGGACGUCAUGGAGCAGAAUGAGAUGGAACGAAGCCGCGAUUACGGCACUCUUACGAAUGGCAACGAUCCCAAUGCGCUCGAUAUUGAAGAGCGUGUCGCCGCUGGACGCACUCGCGACGAGGACUACCCCAUCUACGAUUCUGACAGCGACGAUGAUGACGAGGAGUUUGAAGCUGCCAAGCGACAAGGAGGUCUCCGCUAUGCAAAGAAAUGGGUAGAGCGCACCGCUACCAACGUGGGCUCUACGGUUCUCUCGAGUGUUGCAGCAAUAAUCCCCAAGCCAACACCAACCGACGUUGGUGAGGGAGGCUUCUCCCUUGGCGUACCCUCAUGGAAACAGAAGGGCGAAGUCAAGCGCUUCAAGGCACCGAAGGGCAAGCGUAUUCACGUCCCUGUCCGUGUCGAACCCAAGGUCCAGUUGGCAACCGAGCGUACUUUCCUCUCGUGGCUGGAAUUCUCCAUCCUCAUCGGUUCCAUCGCCGCUACGUUGCUCAACUUUGGUGAUAGCUUGGCCUUUGCAGCUGCUUGGGCGUUCACCAUCAUCGCUUGUCUUGCGCUGUGCUAUAGUGCAGGCUUGUACUUGUGGAGAGUGAACAAGAUCAAGGAGAGGAGAGCGGUCACAUAUCACGAUCGUUGGGGACCGACGUUGCUUUGCUUGGGAUUGUUCUGCGCCAUAGCGAUCAGUUUCGGGUACAGGAUUGGAAAGGGUGGUGUUGAGGGUGGAUUGAAGGGAGAUAUUAAGGGUUGA